AUGGAGACCAUGGAGGAGCUGGACUGGUGCCUGGACCAGCUGGAGACCAUCCAGACCUACCGUUCUGUUAGCGACAUGGCCUCCAACAAGGGUUUGGGUUUGGUUCUGGACGUGGUUCUGGACGUGGUUCUGGACUUGGUUCUGGACGUGGUUUUGGACGUGGUUCUGGACGUGGUUCUGGACUUGGUUCUGGACGUGGUUUUGGACGUGGUUCUGGACGUGGUUCUGGACUUGGUUCUGGACGUGGUUCUGGACUUGGUUCUGGACUUGGUUCUGGACUUGGUUCUGGACGUGGUUCUGUACGUGGUUCUGGACGUGGUUCUGUACGUGGUUCUGGAGCGUUGA